AAAUUGUAUACUCUAAUAGAUUUAUUCCUAUUUAGGUUUUAAUAUUGGGAUUUGGAGCUAUUGGAUUUGAACUUGCCAAGAGAUUGAGACCAUUUGGUGUAAAGAUCAUUGCAACUAAAAGAAGUUGGCAUCCAAAUUUGUUGCAGCAAAAUUUAUCAAAUGUCGAAAGUGAUGGAAUUGAUGGCCUGGUUGACCGGAUGGGUGGUCCGCAAGAAACUUAUAAAUUUGCUAGUGAAGCUGAUAUAGUUGUCACAUGCUUAACUUUAUAUCAUGAGACGGUUGGUAUUGUGGAUGAAAGGUUUCUUUCUUCUAUGAGAAAGGGUUCCCUUUUGAUAAAUAUUGCUCGUGGAGGGAUUUUGGACUAUAAAUCAGUCUAUCAGCAGCUUGAGUCUGGGCAUUUAGGUGGCUUAGCUAUUGAUGUUGCUUGGAGUGAGCCAUUUGAUCCUGAGGAUCCGAUUCUAAAGUUUCCAAAUGUCUUGAUCACACCACAUUUGGCUGGGGUAACGGAGUUCUCCUAUAGAACAAUGGCAAAGGUCGUUGGUGAUACUGCUAUUCAACUCCAUGAGGGGAACCCAGUUAAAGGAUUAGAGUUUGUAAACUAGCUAAACUUUUACUCUUAAUAGAACACUUGUUUUAAUUUCUCAAAAUUUUUCAGAUGAUGUCUGUGAUAACUGCUCAGAAGAAUGUAAUAAGGAUUGCUCUCUUUCAAUUGUUGCCAACAAAGCUACUGCUGCCACUUUCUGCUAUAUGAUGCCUUGUUAAUGAUUUGAACUCAAUCCCAAAGACACUUGAUAUUAGUCGGUUUA